GGAGGAGGAGGAGGAGAGAUGAACCGCUUCCAGCCCAGGAUCGCGCUGCUGCUGUCGCUGCUGUGGGAGUGCACUGAGGCCAAAAAGCAUUGCUGGUACUUCGAAGGAUUAUACCCUACAUAUUAUAUAUGUCGCUCCUAUGAGGAUUGCUGCGGCUCAAGAUGCUGUGUGAGAGCUCUCUCUAUCCAGCGGCUGUGGUAUUUCUGGUUCCUUUUGAUGAUGGGAGUUCUGUUCUGCUGCGGAGCUGGCUUCUUUAUCCGAAGGCGGAUGUAUCCUCCUCCACUAGUAGAAGAGCCUACUUUUAACGUGUCUUACACCAGACAACCAGUCAACGCUGCAUCAGGGUCACAACAGCCCGGCGUGCCGUAUUACACAGAUCCAGGUGGGCCAGUGAUGAACCCCAUGGCUAUGGCUUUCCACGUCCAGCCCAAUUCCCCACAAGGAAACCCGGUUUACCCUCCCCCACCAUCCUACUGCAACACACCACCUCCCCCCUACGAGCAGGUGGUGAAAUCCUCCACGUGAGGACUCUGGCUCUCUGAUCUGACUGUGGGAGAAGAAGGUGCCAUUGCAAAAUGCCCGAGAGGGAGGGCAGCUGCCCUUUGAACACUUGCUAGCUCUCCAAGUCCUCUCUCCCUCCCCUCCCUGCACCUUUCCUCAUUAAACUUACUUGCAAAGGGGUAAUUCUUUUUCCUUUUUUUUUUUGGGUUUUUUUUUAGUAGAAGUGGAUUUUCUUUUUCUUUGUCUUCAAACUGAGAGAAGUUGUCUUUGUAAUGCUUUUAAUGGAAACCUGUAUUUAAA